CGUUUGUGGUAACUCCGUGUCCUUUCCGGUGUUCCCUUGCUGUUUUGUUUGCGUCCUGUCUUUCAGCUUUUCCCUCCGAUCUUCCUCUCCUGUCGUUGCCACAUAUAUCCUCUCCAUCUCUACUUUACUCUGUGCCUUCUCUUUCUUCUAUUAUAUGCACAUUCUCUUCUGGGUUGUAUGAUCUUUGUUGGUUUUGUUGCAAAAAGGAGGCUCAAUAUACGAUGCGAAUUUAGCUUCUUCCCUUUUCUGGGUUCUUUUCAUCCAUCCCUUUAGAUUUCUGCAUUACUCCUUUGUCCUUCUACGUUCCAUCACCUCACCAUACACUUAUAUAUGCUGUCACUCCAUUUCUCAUCUACUUUCCUUUAUAUAUACAGUCUGUUUGCCUCCCCUGAAUCCCCAUUUCUCAUUCUGUCUCUCAACAUGGGAUGUGGUUACGGCUUCAUCUUCUUUCUUUUUCUCUUGAUUUUGUGCACAAUCCAACUUGGGUUCAACUCUGAAGGUAGACCAAAUCCCAAAUUUUAUAACUUCGACAAGACAUUGAAUGAAGAAGAUAAGAUGGUGUUGAGAGCCCAGAUAGGUUCAAGACCACCAAGGUGUGAGAGACGGUGCAGCUCCUGCAGCCACUGUGAGGCUAUUCAGGUGCCAACAAAUUCCCAAGUCCGUAGUAGGAAAGGAAAUUUCGCACAUUUCUCAAAUGUUGCAUAUGCAAGAGGAGAUGACUACUCCAACUACAAGCCCUUAAGCUGGAAGUGCAAAUGUGGAAACCACAUCUUCAACCCAUGAUUGUGAACUCCAUCUCCAUUUUUGAAUUAUGUAAAUUAAGGGAAUCAUUUGUUCUCUUUUCUUUUUUGUCUUUCUCUUGCUUGUUGGAAGAAGAUCGUAUAUGUGCUCUGCAAGAUAUUUAAUGUACUUUUGCUCUCUUUUUUUUAUUAAACUCCCAUUAUUCCA